AUGCACCGGCAAAACCUGAAGGUUCUGGAGCAUGCAACUGUGUGUAGGAUCAUGCAAGACCGGACUUCUCGGACCGCGCAUGGAGUUGAAUUCAUUUAUAUCGGCGAGAUACACCAGGCCUUUGCGAACGAGAUCAUCCUGUCGGCUGGCUCGAUUGGAAGUCUGCAGCUGCUCGAAUUCUCUGGAAUCAGGGACCCAGAUAUUCUACGCAAGGCCGGUGUCCAGUCCCUGAUUGACCUUCCAGAGGUGGGAAACAAUCUCCAGGACCAUCCAAUGACGUCUCUAACAUAUGCCUUUAAUGGGAAGAGGUGCUCAAGCAGCGAGCUAAACCUAUGUAAAUAUCGCCAAGGACUUGAAAAGUCAGACGGAGUGAGCUUGAUGGCCUUUCUGUCAUACCCAAGCUUGGUAUCUCCAACGGAAUUGGCAAAGACAAUCUCUCAAGUCAAUACGUACGCAAGCUUAGCAAAACCUGAGCGAGAGGCUAUCAUUGCACGACUACAGGGUUCUUCUUCUGGCUGCUUGCAGUUCAAUGGCGCUCCGGCAUACAUCGAUAUCGGAAAUGGGCAUGCAAAUCAAAGGAAGCUCAUUCGGACGUCUCGGGGGACGAACAUACUCAUUACAGCUACUAUAUCACUAUCACCAGCACCAUAUCCUGUGGAAGCACUCACAUCACAUCUGCCAAUCCGUGUAAUGGAGCGCGUUGUUCCAAGCCCAGAUGUUGACCUCAAAGAUCGCAACCAAGCUCGUCAGUUUAUAUGUGAUUGGACGACUUCGUUCAACCAUAUCCUUGGCACUUGUGGUAUGGGUCGUGUCGUGGAUGAACGGUUGCGAGUGAAAGGCAUGCGUGGCCUCGGGGUGGUUGAUGCCAGCGUUAUAUCUACAAUGGUUAGUGGUAAUGUGAUGGCUACGGUCUAUGCUGUCGCGGAGAAAGCCUCGGACAUGGUCAAGGAAGACUUCCACACUUCCGGCAAAUUCCACGAAUCAAGUGGGCUCGUGGUUUAG